AUGUCGAACCCGAAGAAAUAUACCGUCGGCUGGAUCUGUGCUAUCAAGGCCGAAUACGUCGCCGCGCAGGCCUUGCUGGACCGCCCCCAGACCGUCCUCCCUAAAGGAGAAUACGGCACUUCGUCAGCAGCGGUCGUCGCGCGGGAUAUGCUGCACACCUUCAUGAAUAUCCGGUUUGGCCUGAUGGUCGGCAUCGGGGGCGGGGCCCCGAGCCGCAGGCACGAUAUACGCCUGGGCGAUGUCGUGGUCAGCUCUACUGCGAAUGGGAACGGCGGUGUCUACCGGUAUGACUUUGGCAAAGCGAUCCAGGACCAGUGCUUUCAAACGACGGGAUUCCUAAACCAGCCGCCACCUCUCCUUCGGACAGCCGGCCACGGCCUAGAGGCGAUGUACGACCUGGAUGGCAAUGAUCUGGGAGCCAAAAUUACGUCAACGCUCGAAAAGAGACCGCAGCUACGAGAUACGUACGGCAGACCGAAUCCCCUCAGCGAUCGUCUUUACCAGAGCAAGGUCACCCAUCCACCCGAAGCGUCGACGGCGAGCUGCGAAUUCACCUGUGGAACAGGGCCGUCAUCCCUUGUCCUGCGGCCGGAACGAUCCGCAGGGAAUUCCGGCGUGGUCGUCCACUACGGUCUCAUUGCCUCGGCUAACCAACUGAUGAAGGACGCGAGGACGCGGGAUAGACUGGCAGAGGAGAGCGAUGUGCUGUGCUUUGAAAUGGAGGCCGCUGGGCUGAUGAACCAUUUCCCCUGUCUGGUCAUCAGGGGUAUCUGCGACUACUCAGAUAGCCACAAGAAUAAGGCGUGGCAGGGCUACGCCGCAAUGGCGGCGGCAGCGUAUGCAAAGGAUCUUCUCGACCGAAUCCGCCCGAGCAGUAUUGAGGCUGAACAGAAACUCGGACACCUCAUCUGGGGCUUGAAUUCCAAAAUAGAGUACCUCCACGAAGAUGUAAAGGCCGGGUUUAAUCACAACAACAAGAAACGCAACGAGAUACUGGAUUGGAUUUCCCCUUUUGAUUAUGGCCCUCAGCAAACCGAUCACUUGAAACGAAGACACCCGGGAACCGGCCAAUGGCUGCUGGACUCGGAUGGGUUUCGGGAGUGGCUGGGCGAGCGGGCGAAGACAAUGUUCUGUGCGGGAGGUCCCGGCACCGGUAAGACCAUCCUCACCUCCAUCGCCAUCGAGGACCGGCAGACACGGUAUCGAGACGACCCCAGCGUUGCCGUCGCAUAUAUAUAUUGUAAUGACCGCAGGGGACAGGAGCAGACGCUAGAGGCCUUACUCGGCAGCCUGCUCAAGCAGCUCCUCCAACCGCUCCGGUCCUUACCGGCUAUCGCCGAGGACCUCUACGAUCUCCAUAACGGCACACAAGCACCCCGGAUAGAAGGUGCCAAGCCCCUCCACAUGGUCCGGGGGCCGGUCCAGGGCGGGCUACCCGACGCCGUCAACCGCUGGUUCAGCUGGCACGCCGACCGCAAGACGCGGCCGUCGCUAGAAGAGUUAUCAAGGGCGCUGGCCACCAUCACCGGCCUCUACUCUAGGGCCUUCAUUGUCGUCGAUGCCUUGGACGAGUGCCAGUCGGCAAAUGGGUGUCGACCGAGACUCCUCUCCGCCGUCUUCAACCUGCAAUCCCAGUGCGGAGCGAACUUUUUCGCCACGUCGCGCCCCAUGCCAGAGAUCACCGACGUCUUCCACGGAAGCAUUCACCUGACCGUCCGCGCCCGCGAGGAAGACGUGCACAAAUACCUCGCUGAUAACAUGUCGUGGUGGCGGCCGUCGAUCCGAAAAGACGUGGGACUCCAGGAAGAGAUCAUAGACGAAAUAUCAGCUAUCGCUGACGGUGUGUUUCUUCUAGCUCACCUACUUCUUGGAUCUCUCCAAGACCUGACUACGGUCAAGGCGCUGAGGGGCGCCUUAGCCCGGUGCCGGGGCGAGGGCCACGGACAAGACGGAGAGAUCCUGGCAAUUGCAUAUGAACACACUAUGGAGAGGGUUAUUGAGCAAAAGAAGGGGCUUGCGGAGCUGGCGAAAAAGGCGUUGCAGUGGAUUGCUUGGGCGAAGAGACCCCUUAGAGCGCUUGAGCUGCGACAUGUCCUCGCGGUCGAGGCAGACGCAGCCGAGCCUGUCGAGGAUUGCACUCCAAAAAUCGGCGAUAUUGUCUCUGUAUGUGCUGGCCUGGUCAUAGUGGACAAACGAAGCGGCAUUGUCCGCCUUGUCCACCCCACAGCUCAGGAAUACCUCGAGCAGACGACGCAGCGGUGGUUCCCCGAUGCCCACCGUACCAUUACCAGGGCUUGCAUUGCUAGCCUAACGCACGGCGAGACCCACGCCUUGUACGAGUAUGCCGUUGCCAACUGGGGCCACCAUGCCCAGGCAGCCGGACUGGACGUUGAGGGGGAUGUCAUGGUCCUGCUGGGGGAUAACAGUAUCGUCUCCAGGUGCAUGUGCGCCCAGCAGGCAGCAGUCUACUCUCAACUCGUUGCCACUGGCUCGACUUCUAGUCCCCCCUUUAGGGGGGGUGGUGCGGGCGCGGUACACCUAGCGGCCUGUUACGGCCUCGUGCGGGCGUUGGCGGCCCUACUUAGGGAUGGGCGCAAUCCCGACGCCAAGGACAGCUAUCACCGCACACCCCUCUCCUACGCGGCGCAGGGCGGCCACGUUGACGUCGUUGAGCUGCUUCUUGCCAUGGAUAGAGUCGAUCCAGAUUCUGCAGACGGCCUCGGGCGCACACCGUUGUGGUGGGCGGCAAACGGGGGGCAUGAAGCUGUGGUUAGGUUAUUGCUCGAUACCGGUCAAGUGAAGCCGGACUCGGACCAGUUCGUGUGGCCGGUGUUAACGACCAGGAGCGCGUUGGGAAUUGUGAUUUGUAGCAUCGCGCUGCUCCCGUUCCUGGCUUGGAUGCUGCAAGAGUCUCACCGCCGUCAUACACCGCUGUCAGUUGCAGGCAGAGUCCUGGGCUUCCUAACCUUGAGGCCGGUGCCGGCCAUUGUUCUGUCAGCGGCGUUCGCCCUCUCUGUGCACGGGGCUCGCCGGAGGCCCCGCGGGAUGGAGAGACCAGUGCUGCUACCCCGGCCCGGUAAAACGUCCGGACGCGGGAUAGCACGGCUCGCGUCGCCACGGCCCCCGAACGGGCUCGACCCAGACGCGCGGGAUGCCAACGGACGAACGCCCCUGUGGUGGGCAGCGAACGCGGGGCAUGCAGAGGUGGUGAGUCUUCUUCUCGCCUCGGGUAAAGUUGAUCGAGACGCCGCGGACAAGCGUGGCUGGACGCCGCUAUCCAGGGCCCAGCUUAAAAAACACGGCCCUGUUCUCGAGCUGCUUGCUGCCGACGGGUCCAAGCCGAAGCCCAAGCCCAAGGAAGCGAACCUGAUGGUUCAUAGGACCCUUGUCGUGGUGGUAUUAGUAGUCGCUCAAGUACUGCUACUCCUCCUGGCAGCGAUAUUCUUCCGGUUACGCACCUUGUGGAUGGUAUUGGAGUUCUCGACUCUCUGGUGGAUAUGGGGCCACUUACAUGUAAACAGGCCAGCCCCCCGGGGCUUGCCAUAUUUGGCCAUCCUUGCUCUCGCAUCUUUCCACCUCGCGUCACAUUCAUUCCUGCGCUUGCAGGAGGGAGAAGAGUUCCCAGAGCCGGCCAACGCCGCGAAAUGGGCGUUGCUAUUGAGAACGCCAGUGGUCAUGGUGAUGUGGCCAACCCAGUUGGCAUUCGGACUGCUGUUUGGAUCGAUUGCUAAGGCACUGAUAAUUCUGCUCCUCGGCUUGCAAAACUGGCAGCAUCUACUGGCGCUGAAGGCCAUGUUAGUGCUGCCAGAACCCUACAUAAGGGGGACUAUGGCCAUUUUCCCCCAGUUCUUCGACGAAACAUUCAGUGCGCCAGGGUCUCUGGUCCUGCUCAUCCUUUCAGGCGUUCUACUACUACCCAUCCUAUGGGCGAUGGUGAUCCCCACGUUAAUAGUGUGGAAUAUAUCCCGCAUAGCCCGCCUGGUGACCAAGGCCAUCAUACUCGGCGCACUCGUCCAACUACUCAACAACACAUCGAUGCAUUCCGAGAAUCCGACCUUUUGGCUGCGUCUCUGGAACUCCUUGAAAGACCGGGGAACGGCGGAAGUCCAUCCAUUAUUCAGGCUGUGGGCGAAAUCGAUCCAUGUGCCGUUGACUACCCUCUUCAGAUUGAUAGUGAUGGUCACCAUGCUCUGGCCCUUGUGGAAGAAGUCGAGAAAUGGGGAAUCUCUGAUUCCCAAGGUGAUGCUUCUCUUGGCCCUGGCUCUCACCUUACCGGUCUGGGGGCUGUGGAUCCACGGUGUGGUAUUGAUGCAUUGGCAUGGGCUGAAGCUUUGGCGCCAUCCCAUGUUUAUCCCGAUUAGUGCCAAGAUCCUUGUGCAGACAUCGUUGCGCUGGGCAGUCAUGUCUAUGGGUCGCAGGGUCAAUGGAGCCGAUUCUGACGGACCGGAGCCGUGGUGGGAGACAGUAACAAACUGGGCAACUCGUGGUGAUGAUCCACUGUUCUGGCUUCUGAUACCGGCUCUCGCAUGGUCUUCAUUCUCAUCCUUCAUACUCGGCCGAGAACAACAAACACCACUCAUAAGGGCAGCCGAAGGGGGUCAUGGUACGGUUAUCCGGCGCCUUCUAGGCGCCGGCGGCGCCGACCCAAACUUCAAAAGCAGUGAUGGGGAAACGCUGCUCUCAAUCGCAGCGAGAAGGGGAGACGCGAAACUGGUGGAUCUUUUGCUUAAACUAGGGAGGGCCAACCCUAACACCAGAGACUAUUCAGGACAGACGCCGCUUUCGAGGGCAGCGGAAGGCGGCCACGGAGCGGCGGUGAAGAAGCUGCUAGCGCAGGGCGUCGACCCGGACGCGUUGGACUUCGCCGGACGAACCCCCCUCUGGAGGGCCGCGGCCAAGGGGCACCGAUCUGUGGUCCAACUACUCCUGCCUUUGAAUGGUGUCGACCCGAACCACAGAGAUUCGAACGGUUGGGAUAUGGUGUGGAACGUCAUUAGGAAAGGUGGUGAGCCAGCCCCGCUGGUGAUACUACUCCUCCAAGCCUACGCAUUCUCGACGGGUCGGCGGACACCACUCUUGAUGGCGGCGAAGCGGGGCCACGUGCCGGUCGUGGAGCUGCUGCUCGCCGACCACCGCGUGUCACCAGACUGCAGGGACUACAAGGGGCGCACCGCGCUCACGCACGCGUCGAAAAAGGGAUGCGGAGGUGUAGUGAGCUUGUUGCUUGCAAGGGAGGAGGUUGAUCCGAACUCCCGGGACGCUAUUUACGGCAGGACGCCGAUGUCUUACGCAGCGGAAAAGGGGCACGAAGCAGUGGUCAAGACUCUACUCGGGAGAGAUGGGAUAGAGCCAGACAUCCCGGAUGACCUAGGACGCACACCUUUGUCAUAUGCGGCGGAAAAAGGGCAUGAGGGCGUGGUUCGGCUAUUCCUAGUGGCCGGCGGGGAGUCUGUCGUGUCGACACGGGUACCUCAAACGACCGAAACCGCCGAAGCAUGAUUCCCGUGUACCUGUUUAGCUGUUGGCUUUGUAUCUCGAAUCUCGAAUCGGAAC